CUCCAAGAUUCCUUGGACAACGCUAUUUAGAUCAGAAGAUUCAGCCAUUGCAACCUUUUCAACUUUGGUUUAGUCUAUACUCAGUGUCAAGGUAUGCUAAAUUCCUUUCUUAAAGAAAUUAGGUAUAAUUUUUAUGUCAAUCUUUAACGAGCUACUUUCAAUUGUUUUCUGUGAAAAAUGAGGGUAGAUUCUGAAUUCGCGAUUUUUUUGUUUCAUCAGUCCUUUUUUUAAAGAAUUACGUACGAAGAAUUUGUGUGUUAAUUUUCAAUGAGCUAAUUUUAGAUGUGUUUCGUGAAAAAUGUCUGAUUCUGUUUUGGAUCACACAGUUAAACUGCACUACUUUACCCCCAAAACUUCAUGACAAAGUGCUCUCUUUCAAAUUCACUGUAUAAUUUAUGUGGGAAUAACUCAUUUCCAAAAGCCAUGGAUCGAGUCUUAAGUGAAAAAUAAUUCUUAAUUUUAUUUAUCAACUUAUUCCUUUAACUCCUAUGAGUGAUCAAGAUAGAAUUUCUCCUUACAAUAUAAAUAUAAAAUCAAGCAGACAAGUAAUGAGAAUAAAGAAAAAUAUCAAUUGGGGGAUUAUAAGUUGAUUCAAUACCAAAUUCUCCAAAGUAAUAUCACAAGAACUGUAUGGCAGACAGUAAGGAGAAUUACUGAUGAGAUCUUGGGAGUUAAGUGUUAACAGCGGUGACCUCUUGAUGGGGAUGAAAAAAUUACAGUCAUCAUAAUGUACAUGAAAAAAUUACGCGCUUCUGAUUGGUUGAAAACGAUUGACUUCGCAUUUAACACGAGUGCAAAGUUGUAACACGAGUGCAAAUUACAAAUAGCGCGCGUCUGUCUUGACUUUCUGUGAUGUUUUUCCAUGUACGUCAUUGGCAAAUAAUACCAUGUUUCUCUUGCAAUUUGUUGUAAGAGUCCCUUUUUAAUUUUUUAAAGACUACAAAUUGCAUUUGCUCUACGGGCUCGUGCAAUUUUGUCUUUGAAAAAUUUAAUCGUGCUUAUUAACACCAAAUUGCACUCGAAAUCAUGUUAUUACCUAUGCUCAAGGGGGAAAAUGUUUGGAACUUUGACCGACCACUUUUACAGGUUGGCGCAAUUUCGAUUUUUUCGCUUUUCGGUUCUAUUUUUGUUAUACAAUUCUCAUGAUUAGGGUGCGUUUUUUCAGAUGAGCUUUUUCAUUUCUUAAAUCCUAGCAAACUCUACCUGGUGAACGAUAUAGCUCUGUUACCUUUACUUAUUUGAAAGUGCCAGUGCUAACAACGAUACUAUCUCGGACAUGGACAUAGAAGAAGAAACAAAAAAUGAACAAGAAGAAAGCAAACUGGGAGAAGAAAGAAGAAUGACGGACGAAGAUUUGAAAAAUGAACUGGUACUCUUGAAAAAAAAAAAGUUGAAGGAAUUGAGAAGCCAGCUGCUGCAUUUCCUGUCCGUAUCCUGUCUCCCUCGAUAAAGGACAAGAACUUGAAAAUGAAAACGUUUGAUGAACAGGUUUGUACUCUGUUCAUUACAAAAUUAAUGACAUAGAUACCUUAAAUCCUUAAACAUCAAUCCUUCUUCCAAAGAAGGGCCUCACCAAAUUUUGAAGUAAAGUUUCCCUUCGAAAGGGGACCACCUGCCCUCCUUCUUUUUUUUUUUAUAGAUGAGAGCUGAAAACACGUCGAAAGGACAAUAGAUGCCAUUUAUUUUUCCACUACUCUGUCAUUUUACCAUAUCAGGGUAAUGGAAAGCGUAAAAUUUGCCACAUCAGGACAAAAAUACGGACAGAAACGGUCCGUACGAUCUUUGAUUUCGUUUUGGUUUUUUGGCCAUGAUUUCUUUCAGGAACGAACUUCAAAACCUAAAAUAAUUGUUUUUGGUCAUCAAGAACACUUAAAUGGUUCCUUUUGUGUUGUUUUCAUCUUUCACGCGAGCCUUAUAUGAUCGGCACGAUACUCAAAUAAGACCGCAAAAAAUGAUAAGAGUGGAAUGGUAACUCUUAUUCGAAGGUUCAGCGUAUAAUACGAGCAGAUAUUUUGCUCAUUGCUCGUGUUUUUCCUCUACUCUGUGGGGUUAGCUAGCGAAAAUACUGCGCAACUUGCAAAAUGUUCCCGCUUAUUAGAGUAUUAUAUAUUGGCACUUCCAAUUCAUUACCCAUACAGUUCUGCCUUGAUUAUUUCCGGUGGGAUUCAAGAAAUCUCGGUGCUUUCCUUUACCACGAAAAACCAAAUUGAACGUUAUUUUUUUGCCUGUCAAGAAAUAAGGAGAAAAAAAUGCUUUCACUCACGUGCGUUUUUAGCAAAUCGACAGAAGUUUAAUAGAGUUGAAAUUUACGAAUUCGUAAUUUGAAAUCACAAAUUUGUUUAUCGUAGAUAGAAAAGCUACCAGAACAUUGCAAGAAUUUCAGCAUUGAUUUGAAAGAGAAUUUCGAGACAGAUGAUAAGAUCACAAACCGCCUCGGAAUAAAAUUGGGCAAAUGUUUAGCUGACAUCAUAAAGGAAGAUCAGUCCAGGAAAACUACAAAGGAAGAGGAGCCUAAUGCAAGAGUAGCGAGAUCAUUAAUCGAAAGUUUGGGGGAACCACCUGUGCAUGUAAGAUUCAUCGGCACUGAGGUUAGUUUGUGCGGAUACAUGUACAAAGAGAACGAGCAAUGGCGCGAGCUUUAUUUCUGGAAAGGAAAAGCAGAUGCAAUCGGCUGGGAUAAAAAAAAUAAGAAGUUCGUCAUUGUGGAGUGGAAGGUAAAGGAAGCCAACGAAAGUAAAGAUGUUAUGGCAUUCAAGCCGUUCCAGUUCCAGUCCUUGGUAUACGCAAAGCUUCUUAAGUUACUUCUCGAACUGAAGUACUUGCCAUCAAUCCUAAUUGUUCUUAUUGACGGUCAAAGUGGAAAGAAAGUCCACGCUGGUUUCUUCGAAGCUCCCGAUAGUCUUGGGGACGAAUACGUGUGGUCCGAUCGGAAACCCGAACUUACCAUAGAAAUUCAACCUGGGUCGCUGUUUCGCGAAGGCUUGAACGAGGGCGAAGUUAGGGAAACAUGCCACUGAGCAAACUCUUCUCUGAUAAUGCCACGUUGGAAGACUUACAAAAGUUUUUUAAAACCCCACCACUGAAAGUUAUUCCUAAACACAACAAUGCCUAAGAAAGAGAAAAAACUGAGUAAACAGCAGCUAUCGAGUACUGAUUUCAUUUUGAACGUUUUCGCAUCAUUGGUAAUGAUUUCUACCAAUGAUACAAAUACGGAGUAUAACUUAAUUGGUAGUCUCAUUCAGUUCUGUUCAAAAAAUCUAAACCUUCAAAUUUAGUCUCUUUUUUCCUUUUAAUUGUCAUUUCUUUUUAUCAUUUGGUGCAUACCGCGUGAUAAUAAGAACCAAAGUAUCUGAUUUUAUAACUUAUAUCUGAAAACUUGAGUUUAGAAUUACUCAUUUACUCAUAUCUGCAUAACCUAGUCUCUAGCGGACGAAAGCCUCGUUCCGUACUCGACAUAGAGCUCUAAAUUUAGAUGCACAUCUUCAUUUUAAUUUCGACUUUUGUUCUCAAUUAGCUCCACGAGGAGAGAGGUGUGGAAACCUCUAUAGCUUUGGAUUUUGCAAACAAUACUUUUUGCUGUCUUUUUUAUUUCCAUCUAGGAAUUUUUUUGAGAAAAGAAUAUGAAAUUCAUUUUAAUUUUUUUUUUUCAGCGAAUAUUAAAAAGGCUAUUUACACUAUUUUGGGUUAAGCCCUUUCGCGGAGAGUUGAUUAGAUGGGUGAUCUUUUUUACAAAUAUUUGAAAAUUCCUUUAUAUCUCUUGCCUGAUUUGAACCUGGAUAGGGGAGAAAAUAUUCAAUUGAUGAUUACAUUUUUACGAUGUUUGUUGAUAAGACAAAAAUUGAAGGACUUUUCAAUGUUCCUCUAAGUAAAUUAUACAUUUUGCAUCCUAAUUGAUGCAAGGUGUUUUUGAAGCGGCAUCGAGUUCAUCUUCAACAGAGUUCAAAAUAACUCGUUUGCUGUGCAUGUCCUUUUGCAAAAGAUGCUAUGAAAAAGUUGAUAUCGAUAUAAGCUGUACUCCUAUGUGGGAGAUGAGUGCAUAUCCUUUUACAAAAGAUGCUAUGAAAAAAGUGAUUUGAUAUAAGCUGUACUUGUGUGGGAGAUGUAUUUUAAAUCAGAUAGGUUGAGGACCUGAACAACAUCAAGUACAUCUUUGACAGUGUUUAAAAUGGCUCGAUUGUUGUACACAUCCUUUUGAAAAAAACAAUGCUGAGAAAAUGACGUUUGAUAAAUCAGGUGCUUAGUUUUUUAAUGCUGAAAUAAGCUAUACUCCUUUGUAGGAGAAGCCUUUUAAGGAUCUUAGAUGGUAGUGAGUGAGUCUUUGACAGGGUUCAAAACCACUCACUUUUCAAUUGCUUUGAUUUAUCAGCUUCGUAGCCGUAUAAGAGAAGACAUAAUGAAAAAGACAUAUAUUCCGAGUAAAUUUCAAUUAUGCUAAUGUUGUUUCACAUAUACGUGAAAGAGAAUUGUUAAAACAUGAUUUGACCAGUCGAUAAAAUUAACUUACUUAUUGGUUAUACAAGAGUUCAAGGUAACUUUACGCAAUUUUUUGUAGAUCACCCUCCGUAAAAAGCACCGCGCUUUAUUUACGCAUGAAAGGAAGUACUCUUCCGAACAAGUAUGUUUUUCGAGAACUAGAGUCUUACACAGGGUGAGAGGAUUGAAUAUUAUACCUAUUGAACAUGUUGCCUUCCGGACCAGGGGUCUUCGAGAGGGUUUGAGCGUUGAGGAUAUGCUUUUCACCCGUGCAGCGCUGACACUUUCGAAAAUCAAUGUGCAUAUGCAACUUAUCAUUUCUUGAAAUGCCAGACGUGGCCUUAGGUUGGUCAAUAAAAAUAAAAAUUUAUGACAAUUUUCCUCUUCAACAGUCUAGCAAUACGAUCGGCAUUUUGUCCCAAACAUGGUCAGAAUUUUAGUUGAUUUUAAGUUUCUCAUGGCUAAGUUACAGUACUUUCAAAAUCAUUGUCCUGCAACUCGCCUUGUCUUAAGAUUUAGAAAAUAAAUUGAACGCAUCACUCGCACUUAAGUUGAGUUGC